GAGCGCAAGAGUCCAAGCAAGGCGAUGGCGGUGGCCAUCUUUCUCGCAACCAACGACGAGGGCAACAAGGACGUUGGCAUUAGCAAAGCCAGCGAUACCUGCGUGCGCUUGGAGCCGAGUCCGCUCUCGCCCGGCGUCGCCAGUAUCAACUUUGACGCUGUUGUCGACUUGGGCGAAGCUUCGACCGCGCGCCCACACCUGUACCAAACCGUGGUCCAGCCGCUCGUGCUCUCUGCGCUGGCCGGCCGGCGUGCUACGAUUGUCGCUGCUGGCUGUGCUUCGUCUGGCAAGUCGACGCUACUGCAUGGUCUUACGCUCGGGCGUGGUGUCAUCGAGCUCGCACUGAGCGACCUCUAUGACGCUGUCCAGCGCCGCGUGCAGGACAACCCGGACGCCGUAUAUUUGAUUGAAAUGAGCUGCUUACUACUCGACGAAAGCACCAACGGCGACGACGAUGAGCUGCGGGAAAGCUACCUUGGCGUGCGGUCCAUCGACGACGCGAUCAAACUCUAUCAACGCUCGAUCGUGGCAUCCAACGGUGACGGGAAGCGGCACGCCUCGGUGGCCGUUCGCGUGGAAGUGCUGGAAGACUAUAGCAACGACAACAACGCAGUGCGCACCGCGCUCGUGGGCUCCAUUCGGUUUAUCGACGUCGCAGGAUCGUCCAUGAUUGCCGUCCCGCAGAGCGUCAAGCCAGGCAACGUCGAGUACUUUGGCGUCAGCCGCACGCUCUCCAAGCACUUUAGCUCACAUUUGCUCGCACCGUACACUACGUGCCUCCUCUUGGGUCUGCGCAUACCACGGGUCCAACAGCAGCAGGCGAUCCAGUCACUGCUGUACGCAUGUCGCAUCAAGGACCUCCCUGCUGUGAGCGCAACGCCGGCGUCUGCCUCCACUACUUUGCUCAAGUUGGCAGCGUGGAUGGAGACGGACAUUUGGCUCCCUACAGAGCGCGACGCGAUGAAGAAGCUACUGCCCAAAGUCUUGUGCCACACCGAGAGCGCAUGGCAGCUUAAAGCCCAGACUGUCCUUCCGUAUCUAUUUAUCAAGUCGGCGCUGCCAUCCCCCAUUCUCUCGCGCGCAUCCACAAACGCAGGCGAGACGUCGAGCGAAGACGAUGAGAAGCAGCCGAUUCUGGACUCGUCCCGAAGCGUGCUCGAAGCGAUCGACGCGCUCUUCGGCUCGGUGGGCCAGGACCACGGCCGAUCCGCCGCGUCCGCAACGCCCAUCUCCAAGCUGCGCAUGAUCCACUCGUGGUGGAAAGAGACGCACGACGGUCUCGUCGACGAAGAAGCCGUGACGCUCAAGUGCUCGAGCCGGCUCCAGAAGCUGCAGGCAUGCAUCCAGACGCAGCGCGCGCAGAUCAACGUCAUCCUCGCCGAGAAGCGCAGCCUCCAAGAGGAGCUCAGCCAAAGCCAAGACAAGCUGCUCGCCGUGUCGAGUGUCGUCCAGCAGCUCCAAGACGACGUAGCUACCAUGAAGCGAAAGAUGCGGCCGUCCACGGGGGAAGACGCAAUCGCGGCGCAGUUUUCGGCGCGCUUGACCAAGGUGAUUGACGAUACAAAGCAAGUCGUGGCAAUGAAGGAUGCACAAAUUGCUCAGCUCGAAGCCUCGUUGCGAGAGGCCUGCAGCAAGACAGACGCUCUACCUCCCAACGACCUCUCAAACGAGGCAGCGGUGGCCAACGAAAAGCUAGAGAUGGAACGCGCGUGGGCGGCCGAACGCAGCCGCUUGGAAGCCGACGCGAGCGACCUUCGCAAGCAGCUCCACGACGCAAGCGCCCACUCUGUGCCGAUCGCCAAGAUGCAGGCGAUGCGCACUCGGCUGCAGACCGCCCAGUCCAAGCUCGAAGCGGCCACGCAGACGCUGAGCACCAAGGAGCGCGAGUGGUCGGCCAAAGAACGCCAGUUUGAGAGUGCGCAAAAGGACCUCGUCGCCCAGAUCGACGCGUUAACGACUUCCAACAAGGCCUUGGCGACGCAGAUUGCAGCGCUGAACGCAACAAGAGAUUUGGAGCGUCAGACGCAGCAAGAAUGCAUCGACACGAUCGAGAAACUCACGAGCAUGUGCCAGCGGCUCGAGCGUCAAGUGGCCGACGACGGCGAUGCACGUCAGGCGCAGACACUUCAACACCAGUACAAAGCCGCGGCGUUCCAAGCCGCCCUCGCACAGAGCCAUGUCGAGGCAGAGGCGCGCGCGGACGAGCUCGCGCACCUCCGACGCCGGGAAGAGCACCUCGUGCAGGCGCUCGCGGUCUCAAACGAACAUGAAAGUCGCGCCAAGCAGCAAGUGCGCGCACUGGAGGCGCAAGUCGACGAGAUCCACCGGCUACGGCGCGAACAUUUCCACUUGCACGCUGUGCUAAACACGCAAGAGCACAAGCUACGCGUGUUGGAGCGCCAGCGGUAGAGGCGCCGUGGGUGUUGUGUACAUUAGUAGCGUUGGUUUAUAAUACCAACCACCGUAAAAUCGCUACGCCGACGACGGGAC